AUGGGUCUGGCAGUUGGCCUCACGCUGGUCGGAAGGCUCACCGAUACGUUUGGACGGCGUUGGUUCUUCAUUGCCGGCACAGCCCUUGGAUGUAUCGGCGCCAUCGUCGCGAGCACUGCGAAAAACAUCAACGUAUUGAUUGGCGGACAAGUCCUCAUUGGACUGAGUGCCUCUACAGGCUACAGUUAUGCCUUUGUCAUUGGAGAGCUCGUCCCGGUGAAGCGAAGAUUCAUUUUCAACGCGAUCAUCUUUAUUUUCUCUUUCCCUACGGCUGGCUUUGGCGCCGCGAUAUCGACAGCCUUCAUCCUCAACACUAGCGCAGGUUGGCGAUGGGCAUAUUACUUGCUCAUCAUACUUAACGGUCUUACUACGCUGUUAUAUGCUAUCUUCUACUUCCCGCCAACUUUCCACCAGAAGCACGGAAAAGACCAUGUCGCAAAGUUUCUGCGUACCUUCGACUGGGGAGGGCUCUUCCUCUACACGGCUGGCCUUGUCCUCUUCAUAAUCGGGCUCUCUUCUGGAGACACGCUAUAUCCUUGGACGGACGCUCGGGUUCUCGCACCCCUUGUCAUUGGCUUCAUGUGCUUGGUAGCGUUGUUCGUGUACGAAAGCUAUGCCAAUUUGUCGCAGCCACUAAUCCCCAUGACAUUCUUCAGGACUCGGGGCUGGGUGGCUGCUAUGCUCAGUCUAUCUCUCGGGGCGAGCGUUUACUACAGCCAGGCUAUUGUGUGGCCUCAAAUGACGGUCAACGUCUAUGCUGAAGGACGUGUAAUGUGGGGCGGACUAGUCUCCUGUAUUGUCGGUAUCGGCAUCACUUUUGGUGAAAUCAUUGGAGGAACGUUCGCGAAGUCUCUUGGUCACUGGAAAUACCAAUGCCUCACUGUCAUCACUCUCGGCACGCUCUUCCUCGGCUUGGCCGCCCUGUCCAAACCCGAUACGCCAGGAAUGACCAUUUCGUUCAUGAUGCUCGCCACGAUUUUCGUAGGCUGGAACGAAGCCCUCGUUUUGCCCAUCUGCACCAUUGUCAUCCCAGACCAAGCCGAAAUUGGUACAGCUGCUGGUGUUGCUGGCUCCUCGAGAUCAGCUAUAAGUACCGUGGCAAGUACGAUUUAUUCAGUCGUUUUGGCAUCAAGAACUACUACGGAACUUACACGACAAGUUCCAGGCGCGGUCGUUGCAGCAGGGCUCCCGGCUGGCUCAGUGUCGGCCUACAUGACAGCGAUAGCUGCUGGCGGUUCAGAAACACUGCUCAGUAAGAUUGACGGUCUGACACCAGAAGUUCUCGCGGCGGGCACGCAAGCAUACCGGUGGGCAUAUACUGAUGCAUAUAAGACUAUCUUCCUAGUCAGUCUUGCAUUUGGUGGGCUGGCAAUAAUAGCAAGCUUUUUCAUACCAGACGUCGACCAUCUCAUGGGUGGAAAGGUCGCAGCAACCUUGACAGGGAGAGAGAAAGAGAGGAAAACGGAGAACUCAGCAUGA